AUGAAUUUUGGUUUUUACGGAGCUAUCGAGAAUCCAGGUGUUUCUAUGGAAAAUUCGGGUCCGGUGAUACUCGACAUAAGCUCCGAUGAGGAGGGUGGGGAUAAGGGUGAUGAAUCGUGUGCCCUCGUUUUGGUGGGUGGGACUUUUCAGAAGCCUCCCAAGAAAUCGAGGAGGGAGCCUUUGAAUCCGUCUGGUAAAUUUUCCGGUGGUGGUGAUGAUGAUGAUUGUGUGGUUUUGGAAGGUGACCCUGAUGAACCGGUGGUGGCAGCACCCACGCAGAAAUCAAUUUUUAAGGUCGAUGAAGAAUGUGAUGAUGGAGAUGAUGUGGAGAUUGUUGCCGAGAAGGGCGAGGUUGCAUGCAGAGACUUCCCUCACGCACGACAUCUUUGUGCGAAAUAUCUAUUUGCUUCAACUGGGCACCAGAUCCAUUGUAGCCUGUGCCACUGUUACGUGUGCGAUUCAGUUGCCCCAUGCCUCCUCUGGGGUACUGGACUUUCCAGUUCCGACCAUUGCCACGCAACCGAUAAAGACGAGUACUGGCUGGCCGAACGUAAACGAAUCAAGAAAGGCCCGAAUCCCACGCCAGCUGUCGCCCCCCUAAUCAGCAACACCACCACCUCCCUAGCCAGACCACCCCUUUUGGCUCAACUGGGCCCACUGCCCCAUCAUCCCAUCGGGUUUCCCCCUGUGGCCCCUGUUUACAUGCCGCAGCCCGCGGGCCCACCUGUCAGCAAAAAUCCAAUCUCUAAUCCUGCGCCAGCUGUCACCCCCCUUUUGGCUCAGACACUGGGCCCACUGCGCCAUUAUCCCAUCGGGAUUCCCCCUGCAGCCCCUGUUUACAUGCCGCGGCCCACGGGCCCACAGCCCACACCCGUCAGCAAAAAUCCAAUCUCGAAGCCGCACAGCGUCCGUCCCCAGCUCGCAAAAAACGGGCCCAUGGCAGAAAUCAAGAAAAUGCUCAAGGAGAGGCGUCGAUCGUCCGCAGCACACCCCGUGAACCGUACCGCGCGCCUCAGAAGCACUACUCUCGGGGCCCGUUCUUCUCGUUCACAGCAGCCAGUCAAUGUGGGCCACGCGAGCUACUUGCCUUCUCAGAACCCAAUUGCUCUUCAGCCGAGCCAAUUGCUCCGGCCCUGUAAUAAUAGUUCGGUUUACACUGCUUUUCUGAAUGGAAUGAGUUCAAGAUUCGUAAUCCCGCCCAAUCAAAGUGCGGGAAAUAACUCAGGGAACCAAGUUUCUCAACCUCAGGCUCAAGUUGGAGUCCCGGUGGGUUUUCAGCAAGUUAGUCGAGCUCUCAACAGCACGAAUUCAAUCCUGAACGAUUUGAACUCGCAGCUUUCACAAUUGCAGAGCGAUUUGAACUCGCAGGUUUCAUUGCAGAGCGAUUUGAACUCGCAGCUUUCACAAUUGCAGAGCGCGGGGUCUGCUGUGGACUCUAAUAAAGGGCCUGUAGCUGAUAAUUUCCAACAAGGGAGCGUUGGAAUUGCCCGUGUUGUUGCCUCUUUGGAACGAGUUCCCACCAGAGCCCGCUCCAGUAGUAGACGCCCCAUGAGUAUACUCCGGUGGUGUAGUUUGGAGAUGGAAUUUGGAGGAGCCCAAAACGGCAGCGGUGUUGGUCGGCCUGGAUCUGUGGAUAGGGAUAAGUGGCUGUCGCAGAUUUUUUUUGAGGCUCUUCAGAAGUGUGGCGUCGUUUUGGUGGAUGGGACUUUUCAGAAGCCUCCCAAGAAACCGAGGCGUGAGCCUUUGAAGCCGUCUGGUAGCUUUUCCGGUGGUGGUGAUGACGAUGAUUGUGUGGUGACCCUGAUAAACUGGGGGUGGCAGCACCCAAAAUCAAUUGGCGUUAAGGUCGAUGAUGUGGUGAUUGUUGCCGAGAAGGGCGAGGUUGCAUGCAGAGACUUCCCUCACGCACGACAUCUUUGUGCGAAAUAUCGAUUUGCUUCAACUAGGCACGAGAUCCAUUGUAGCCUGUGCUACUGUUAUGUGUGCGAUUCAGUGGCCCCAUGCCUCUUCUGGGGGACUGGACUUUCCAGUUCCGACCAUUGCCACGCAACCGAUAAAGACGAGUACUGGCUGGCCGAACGUAAACGAAUCAAGAAAGUCCCGAAUCCCGUGCCAGCUGUCGCCAGACCCCUUUUGGCUCAACUGGGCCCACUGGCCCAUUAUCCCAUCGGGCUUCCCCCUGUGGCCCCUGUUUACAUGCUGCAGCCCGCGGGCCCACCCAUCAGCAAAAAUCCAAUCUCUAAUCCCGCGCUAGCUGUCACCCCCCUCAUCAAUAACACCACCCUAGCCAGACCCCUUUUGGCUCAGACGCCGGCCCCACAGCACCAUCAAGUCCGGGCCCCCGUGGCCCCUGUUUACAGGCCGCAGCCCACAACAGUUAGCAAAAAUCCGAUCUCGAAGUUGCACAACGUCCGUCCGCUUGGGUCCCAGCUCUCGAAAAAUGGCCCCGUGUCAGAAAUCAAGAAGAAAAAUGGCCCCGUGUCAGAAAUCAAGAAAAUGCCCAAGGAGAGGCGUUGCUCGUCCGCAGCCCACACCGUGCACAGUACCGCGCGCCAAAGAAGCACUGGGACCCGUUCUUCUAAUAGUUCCGCUUACACUGCUUAUGAGAAUUCAAGAUCCGUAAUCCUGCCCAAUCAAAGUGCGGGAAACAACUCAGGGAACCAAUUUUCUCAACCUCAGGCUCAGGUGUACUCUAAUAAGCACCAGGGUGCUGGCUCGAAGAAAAGCAUUCGGAUUAAAGGGCCUGUAGACAAUUUCCAACAAGAUCCGGUACUAGCUGAUAAUUCCCACUUUCUUGGAAACAUAAUAAAUUAUGAAGCGUUGGAUUUGCAGUUUGAUAAUUGGAUGUUUGAGAAUCACUCUUUACAGGGAGCUUUGGAAGUUACCGUGCCGUUGCCCCUUUGGAACGAGUUCACACCAGUGCCCACUCCAGUAGUAAACGCCGGCUAUGGUCCAGGCCUUGACGCUGCCAGGGAGUUUGAAGAUCACAUGAAGCUGAUAGCUGAAGAUUGUGAUGUGUCUGUAAAUUCUGAAGGUUUUGCUUUUUCAGCAUUAGAUGCUUUAAUCCUUGUAGCCAAUGACUGGUGUGAAGAUGUUCCUGCUUGGCUUUCCAAUCGUUGA